AUGAUUUUGGGGUGAAGCUAAUGCUUUUCAUGCUUUUCCCAAACUACUGUAAUCCUGGCAUAUUUGUCAGCUUUAUACAGUGGAAAUUAAUUGACUGUGGUUUUCCUUGACUCUUUGCACUCUCUUCAUUAUAAGUCGGAGAGUUGGGAUGAACAUAUACGUAUUCUGAAGAUAAUUACAGACAUGUUCCUCCCUCACAUUGGCUUGUCAGAGUUGGAAGAUGAGUGCUUCUCCAAAAUCUUACCAAAGGCAGUUACCAUGUUUGACAGCAUGAUGAAAGAAAUCUUGGACCAGGUUGGAGGGCUGUCGAGUCAAAACACAGAACUGUGUGCCUUACUAAGGAACAUCCUGCAGGCAAUGAUGCAGAUAAUUGAUGCCCUAUCCUCUUGCGUGCGUCACAUUGGCACAUUUGAGGAAGCUCCUGACCUAGAUGCAAUCCGUUCAUUACCUACAUGUAUCCUGAAAGUCCUGAGAGAAACUUUUCAGCACUGCAAGGAGAGUGAGGUGCUUUACUGUGGCCGUCUGUCCCUGGUGGCUGACCUGCUGCAGGGACUCUUUAAAGAGGCUUAUUCCCUCCAGAAGGGUUUGUUGGAGCUGCUGGACAGGAUCACCCUCGACAGCAGCGCCUCAGAGGAGGAAGUCUCUGAUAUUAUAACAGUGAUUCACAGCCUCCUGGAUAUCUGCUCUAUCAUCUCCAACCUGGACAUAGCCCUGCAUGCAAACACGUGGAAAUUCCUCAUCAAACAGAGUUUGAAAUACCAGACGUUGGUUGAGGAACAUCUACAUCACGAGGACAUUAGCAAAAGCCUGUGUGACAACCUGUUAGCAUGUUUCUACAACUGUGUGGAGCUGGCUGAACAAAUGAAAAAUGCUGGUCUGCAGGAGGCAACACAAAGUCCAGAGUUCAAGCUGUUCCAGAAAACUGCAAAGAUGUGUCGAUUUUUUGCCAACACUCUGGUUCAUUACCUAAAAGAAUUCAAAUGUUUCCUGACAAAGUUUUGCAGCUUUUUUCACCAACUCUACCUCCAGAUUAUCAGUAAGUUCCCGCCCAGCUUGUGUGCACCAACUCUGCCCAUGGCUUUGUCUGAGGAGCUGAAUGCAGCCGCUAUGGUUCCCAUGGAUGCCCUCCUGCUACAGCUGCUGCCACUAAGGCCCUUUGCAGAAGUUGUUCUCCUCAAGGACCAACAGCUAAGUCCUGAACAUGAGCUCCCUCAGUGUCUUCUGCUGGUCAAUGUCCUGGGUAAGCUCAACUCCCAACCAGAGGAGGUGCUGCAGCUCUGGUACACUGGCAGCCAGUUCUCAGAAGAGACACCAAGGCUUCCUCUCUACCAGGCCUUGUUCACUAGUUCAAGGGGAUGCUAUAUUGAACGUCAGGUCCCAGUGCUCCUGCCAGGGGUUAUGAUGAAGGGUCAGGCCCAGGUCAAGGUCACUCUACACCAACACAUCUGUGUGCAACUCUGUGCCAACGUGGCUGCACUUCCUCAAGCGUACUUCCCUGUACUGGAGCGUUGUUUAGUCGAUGCUUUACUGCAGGCUGACACUCAGACAGCUUUACUGGCAACCGAUGUGUGGUGCUUCACUGCACGGUAUGGAACAGCAGAACUUUGUCUCCAUCACGUCCUCCUCAUUGCUCAGCUGGUGAAAGCUUGCAGCACCGAGUGUUACCAGUUGUUCCACCUGGGCCUGCUGCUCAAACGCAUGGUUUUCCUCAUGACGCCAAACCACCAGAUGGAGCUGGUGAUGCACUUCCCACCAUCUGAGGUGGAAAACCUCUCAGUAUGGAGACACGUCCUGGUCAGGGCUCUGUCAUGCGAUGCUCGUCACCGUGUAGAGACCGACAUCAUUGGCCUUGCUCAAAAAGCUCUGACUGACUGGCAGAACGGGGGGUACAAACUAGGACAAGUGGACAAAGUGAAUGUGGCGCUGUUACCCCUCCUUGUGGUGAUUGGAGGGCAGUCAUCUCCUGAGGAGCAGUGUGUCCUGUCCUCAGUGAGGAUUAUCACACAGCUCUGGUUAAGAAUGAGUCCAGAACAGGUGAAAACCCACUCUGUGCUCCAGUGUACUCUGCAGCUGCUCCUCUCUAUAUCAGCCAUUUUAGUGAAAGACAUUGAACAUCAAGUCAUUCUGCAGGCUCUGUUGUGUGUGGAGACCAUGGUGUCUCAGAAGUGUACAGAUCAGCUGCUGCUGGCUGCUCUGGCGUUUCUCUGUUCCCUGGGGAAGAUCUUUAUUCCUCCUGACAGCCAGAGUCAAAUUCUGCCGAGACUGAGCCACCUGUUUGGAGUCGUGUUGUCUGAGAGAUCCUGGCUACUACAUCAGCACGCUCUGGAGGCCUUUUCUCACUUUGCAGAGAUUACAAACCACGAAGAGGUCAUUUCCCAGAGUUUGUGUGAAGAAGAAACAAAGACAAAAGUUGUGAACUAUCUUAGCAAGACUGUGAAUGCACAGGAAGAUGUGGUGUCGCGGCUGCAGAGGCUCAGGCUGCAGACUGUUGUUAUUGAGCAACACAACAAGAGGCUGGAGAACAACAUAGAAAGUGCUUCUGACAAAGUGGCUGCUCAAGUCAUUGCAGGUCCAGAACCAUGCCCGAAAAGAGCUCGUCAGGAGAACAGUGCAGAGGAGGAGUACAGCCGCUACAUCCAGACCGCUGAGAGUGCCCUGAAAGCCCUUCACACUCUUAUUGAGGGUAAGGCUAACUCCACUGCACCACCUCCACAGUGGCUGGAGUCCAGACUACAGGAGCUGCAGAACCUCAUAACCAACAUCAGUACAGCUAGACCCAACACCUAGCUGAUCUGGUUUCUUUAGAGUACCCACAACUUCUUUACUGUACAGAACAUCUUCAUCAGUCUCUGUACACAUGUUGCUGCGGUUUAAAACUUUCCCUUUCCUUUUUUAACUUGUCUGUGGUCAGUCACGUUUGUUCUUGUUUAUUAAACUUUUUUGAAUAUAGAA